AUCUCUGGAACUAGUAUAUUUCGUCAAAUUUCACGAUUUAAGAAUCCUUGACUACUACACAAAGUGAAUAGCGAUCGACGACAAACUGGACCGAUGUCUCAAUUUUCUGUAGAAUCGAGAAAACGCGUCUAUCUCAUUAACAUAUUACUAGCCAACUAGAAGUGAUUUAUUAACUAUCGCGGAGCGGCAUAAUUCUAAAUUUAAUCAAUGUUUUCUGUAAACGUAAGAGCAAUAUCGUACGUCAUUAAUUAAUUGCAUUUGUGUAUAAAUACUCUUUCAAAGUUUUGCCAAACCCAGCAGCAGGACAGACCACUAAUUGCAAGAGGUUAUUAUUACUAGUGUUUAAAAUUAUAUCAUGGACGCCAUUUACAAGUGAGACCUCCGCUCUCAGCUAGGCAUCCAACCUACGAAUGUUGGACUCCCAGUAGGCCAAAGAUAGACAAUAAAAUGAAGGCCGACCCAGAGUUGAUGUUCGAAUGUUUGAUCUACAUAAACGCCUACUACUACCCAGUGUAUGCCGUCAGUGAAGCCGUUAUGACACUGGCCAAGUACUUGAGCGAAAAAAAGGAUACACCGAAUUUGGGCCAAGAUGCUAUUGUUUGCUUCGCCAGGAUAUUUGUCGAUUUAUUCAAGAUUCUGCUGUUCAAUAGGUUCAAGGAGACUUGCAGAAAGACAGUGACCUUCCUCAACGUACUGAUGGCAGCCUUCAUCAUCGUGACCGUUCUAUAUACGCUAAUGAUCCAAUAUCCUACUCUAAAGCUAGAAAAUGUGCUAGCGUCGCUCUCGAUACUGAUGAAUGUAACAGAAAUAUUUUUUGGGUUAUGGUUCCUGAUGCCUUGUUAUAAGAAAGUUGAAUAUUUUUGAAAUAAAACUUUUCAUAUAUUGAGUUAUGCAUUCCAUGGGAUACAUGAUAUACAGACAUGGGCGCGCGCAGGAACUUUUCUCAGGGGAGCUGAUCUGCAUCAGGAGAUAAUUUACUGUACGGGGGUAGCAAAUACUAAAAACCCACAAAAUCUUGCUGAAUAUGCAGAUUUCAAGGUACAACCAAAAUCUAAGGGGAAGGAACUUAUUAAGCUUUAUUUCUUUGUGAUCAUAAUCCUUCCCUUGUUUAGACUCCUAAGAAAUAUUCAAUGUGGUUUUAAAGGACAUUGCCCCAAAUUCUAUCAAAAUCGGUCGCCGUCGGUUACUGAUAUUACGCGGCCACAAAGCUAACCGAAAUUACCGGAAUGGCUCCUCUUGAUGUUAACAUUACAAAGCACAAACAAUUUUAC